GUAAAUCACAGUGCAUGUAUCCUAUAAGACAGCAUCCAUGAUGGUACAGAAUAAUAAUAAUAAUAAUAAUAAUAAUAAUAAUAAUAAUUUUAUUAGUUCUACCAUGCCCAUCUGCCUGGGUUUCCCCAGCCACUCUGGGCGGCUUCCAACAGAAUAUUAAAAGCAAAAUAAAACUUCAAACAUUAAACACUUCCCUAAACAGGGCUGCCUUCAGAUGUCUUCUUAACGUCAGAUGGUUGUUUAUUUCUUUGACAUCUGAUGGGAGGGCGUUCCACAGGGUGGGCGCCACUACCGAGAAGGCCCUCUGCCUGGUUCCGUUUAACUUCGCUUCUCGCAGUGAGGGAACCACCAGAAGGCCCUUGGAAGCGGGAUCUCAGUGUCUGGGCAGAAUGAUGGGGGUGGAGACGCUCCUUCAGGUAUACUGGGCCCAGGCCAUUUAGAGCUUUAAAGGUCAGCACCAACACUUUGAAUUGUGUUCGGAAACGUGCUGGGAUCAGAUGAAGAUCCUUUAGGACCUGUGUUAUAUUUUCUCAGCAGCCACUCCCAGUUACCACUCUAGCUGCCGCAAUUCAUCUGCUCUUUCAAUGGCUCUUGGAUCUUAGCUCACAGCUGGAACAUGUUGAAGCAUUACAAAUGUUAAUCACAAGAGGUUUAAAGGGCAUUAAACAUCAACAGAUCUAAAACCACCAACUGGUGAUGCAUAUUUCAGACUGCUGGUGAAGCCAAAUUAUUAUAAUUUCUUUUUGGGGGGAGGGAAUCUGAUAAAUGCUGCUUCCCAGGGCCUGGUAGCAAAACCAGGAGCCAAAAAAACAACUACAAGCUGCCUCUGUCACCUAUUGAUAUCCUUUCAACUGUGCAAUGCUUUGCUUGCUGUUUCCUAGGAUUUUUUUCCUACAUUACUGCUGCAUGGAACAUAGUCCUCUUCAUUCAAGUCUACUUUAAGGUUACUGCACUUCCCCAGCACUCAAAUCUCAAAUUGUUUUUGUUGAGCACACAUCUCUCUCCUCUCUCCAGGGCCCAUUGUGACUUGAAAGCAUUUUCUGGAAUGUGAUUCUGCCUGUGUCAUAGACAUGAAUUUGGUCAUACUAGUGACAUCACCAAUAAGCGACCCAGCUCUACUCCAUCAGGCUUCUGCCACGCUGUGACCCUUAACACCAGCACAUAGUACCAAACUAGACACUAUGAGUUGUAUCCAAUGCUAGUCCUAUGCAGAGUAGACCUGCUGAAGUUAAUGGAACUGAAUGGUUUAGGUUUCAAUGAGUUUACUCUUGAGUAAGAUGAGCAUUGGCUACAACCCUAUGGCGCUCAUGCUUUUUAAAAACCUUGCUUAAAUUGACAAUUUAUUUUGAAGAAAAAACAGCUGCAUGGCCCCCAUAGGGAACGUACUGUAUUCAUGGAUUGCGGCUGAGCACCAGUUUCCUGCUGAAAAUCCGCCUCCUGAUAUCUCCUGAGGUGGUGUUUAGUGCAAAACAUGUCUUGGAGCAAAUAAGAGCAAUUUUUGGCACGAUAUCCCAUACCGGGCCAGGAACAGGUCUAUUGAGGCUCUACAUCUGCUCUCUUCACAAUAAAUUUGGCCAUCCAAUGAAUGUUGGAGGGCGUCAUAGAUUUGUAGAGUUGGAAGGGACCCAAGGGUCAUCUAGUUCAACCCCCUGCAAUGUAGGAAUCUCAACUAAGCAUCCAUGGCAGAUGGACGCCCAACCACUGCUUUAAAAACUCCAGUGUCUGAGAGUCCACAACCUCCCAAGGGAACCUCCCAGUGUCUGAGAGUCCACAACCUCCCAAGCUCAGGCUUCCCCCGUCCCCAGCCCCGCAAGCUCUGGGAGCAGCGGCGAGGUUGUGUGCAAUCUUGCCGCCGCUCCUGGACCUGUUCUGGGGGGGGAAUAUUUUUUUCCCCUUUAUUUCCCCCCCUAAAAACUAGGUGCGCCCUAUGGUCCGGUGCGCCCUAUGGAGCGAAAAAUACGGUAAUCGGAAUCUCCCUUCUUGUAACUGGAAACAAUUAGUAUGAAUCCUACCCACCCCACCCUCCACCAAAAGCAGGAGAAAACAAACUUGCUCCAUCUUCCAUGUGACGGUCCUUUAGAUAUUUGAAGAUGACUAUCAUGUCUCCUCUCAGUCUCCUCUUUUCCAGCUAAACAUACUUAGCUCCCUCAACUGUUCCUCAUAAGGCUUGGUUUCCAGACCCUUGAUCAUCCUGGUUGCCCUCCUCUGCACAUGUUCCAGCUUGUCAAUAUCUUUCUUAAAUUGUGGCACCCAGAACUGGUCACAGUGUUCCAGGUGUGGUCUGACCAAGGCAGGAUAGAGUGGUACUAUUUUCCUUGUUCUUGACACUAUACCUCUGUUGAUGAAGCCUUGUAUAGCAGUUUUGCUUGCUGCAUCACACUGUUGACUCACGUUAAGCUUGUGGCCUACUAAGACCCUCAGAUUGUUUUAUUCACAUGUACUAUUGGUAAGCCAUCUUAUAUUUAUGCAGCUGGUUAUUCCUGCCUAACACUUAAGGUUCUAAUCUAACCCAUAUCUCUGAAUAUGGAAAGUUGUUCCUUUUUUAGUCGUCUUUCUCCCCUUCAGUGACUCACCCUUUUUUUCUGAAUAGCUUUCAGAAGCGGCACACUUUCACAAGGAGCCUUUAUUAUGCAUUCUGUUCUGUUCUCCCAGGGUGUUUGCAGCAGUGUCUGGAAAUAGGCCACUUGUAGAUAACUGUUUUGAUACUGAGUGACACUGCUUAUGAAUGUUGGCAGCAGUGCACAGCUGUUGGGUCAUUCAGCGCUGUAAUAAAUCAUUAAGGUAAUACAAAAAAGCAGCCUUUUUUGUCUGAUUUUCUAUUUUUAAAAGCGUGUCCUCACUUGCUUGUGUGAAGCAGCUGGGUUAAGAUGAGAGCUGUUCCCUUGUGAGGCCUACUCUUAAAAGCUGUUCUCUUCAAUCAAAAUGCUCUUCUUUCACAAAGAGAAGGGUUUUGUUUUGUGUGGAGCUUUUCCCAGCUCUCCAGAAGAUCUUUGAAUUUCUGGCUGGUGAAGCUGUUAGAAAAAGCAGUGGCACUUAUUACAAGGAUAGAAAUACAAUGAGAAAUUCUAUGCGUGAAUGGGAUGGCAGCUCAUUGAAAACCCUGCAUAUAAUAAAAUGUAAAUGCAGUCCUAACCAUAUCUAUGAAGAAGCAAGCCAUUGAAUUAUCUGAGAGAGAAAUGUGCUUCAAAUAUACUUUAUGGUGUGUACACAUUUGUUCCAGUGUAAUUGGACAGCAACUUGCAUUUAAAGGAUUUACAAUAUGCAUUUCUUACACUCCAUUGAGGGGGGAGGGAGCUUGGAGUGGUAUCCAGGAAUAAUCUAUUAUGAGGCAAACCCAGAAUCAGAAGGCAAUGCAGUUAAAUUUCAGAAUAUUCUACCACAAGAUGUGGUAAAAGUCACCAACUCAGAUGGCCCUGAAACAGGGUUGCAGAAACCAAUUGGAGAACAUUUUGGUUCCUCAGCAUCCUCAGCACAGCCUGCUGCUGACCUGAUGGUUGCUGUUUUCCAGAAAGGGAAUUUGAAAGGAAGGCUCCCAGCAAGAGGCAAGACAGGCUUUGGGAUUAGCUGUGUUUAUUUUGUCUUUAAUUGAGACAAUGGUUUUCUGUCCCGCACAAGCUGUUAAUUAACAUUGCAAAGCUCGGGUGUUUGUUUUACUGCUAUCUGAAGCUUAACUGGAAUUGCACAUUUGUUCCCCUUUCAUUGUCAUUUGGCCCUCUGAAUUUCUUUGUGUGCAACACACACACACACCUGCCAAGUGAGUGGGAUAACACCUAAUUGUUAUAGCAUCUGAUGAAGUGGGGUGGAUUCUAGUUCAUGAAAGUUCAUGCUGCAAUCAAACCAGCAGAUUUGAACUGGCUUGGAAAUCUUAGACUAUAUUAUAGAGUUGGAAGGAACUCUGAGGAUCAUCUAUAGUCCAAUCCCCUACAGUAUAGGAAUAAGCAGCUGUCCCAUACGGGGAUCAAACCUGCUACCUUGGCAUUAUGAGCACCACGCUCUAACCAACUGAGCUAUCUAGCCUAAAUCCUCCCUAUAAUCCUGAGGUGGGGCUCUAGAUCAGGCAUCCCCAACCUGUGGCCUUCCAGAUGUUUUGGCCUACAACUCCCAUGAUCCCUAGCUAACAGAACCAGUGGCCAGGGAUGAUGGGAGUUGUAGUCCAAAACACCUGGAGGGUCGAAGGUUGGGGAUGCCUGCUCUAGGAUAUGGCGUUAUGCACUCUGCACAUGCCCAGAGGCAUGCUUUCUACACUCUGUGGUCCUCCCUCAACCGGACUCAACCCCACACCACACCCCCUCCACGCUGGCUCAGAUUAAACCCUGGAAGGAGACAACCACCGCAUCCUACAUGAACCUUUCUCCAUCCUCCUCCUUCCCCUUUAAACGGGAGGCGCCAUAUUCACGGACGGCGGGAGACUUCUCGGCUUCCCCCCUCUGAGGAUCCGCACAUGGUCUCGUCCCACCUCCGCCCUUUAAUUGGCAAAGCGAAUUUCUUCUCUUCGGCUUUCUCUUUUAGCCCCGCCCCGCCCGGGGCGCAACACUCGCGAGCGGUUGCUAGGAGACGGGUAAACGCUACUCCAAUCGGCGGGAUCCGCUUGGCGGGGAGAAGAGCCGGGUAAGGAGGAGGCGCGGGGAGACGGGGGGGGGCGGAAUCUAGGGGUGCUUUUUAUUAUCUCGGCGUAUGGAACACGCACGCUCUCCCUCCCGUGCCGCACUUCCCACCCUCUCACCGUGGAAUGGUACAGACCACCCCUCCCCGGCUCUUUCCUCGGGCUCGAGGCCGCCGGUGAAAGCUCCCAUUGGUUAGCGGCACGACCCGCUUUCCUGCCCCGGAUGCGAGAGAUGCUGACUAAGCAUGGUUCAGGGAAAGGGCCGCCGGGGAAUCUGCACAUGCUCAGAGGCACUCUUGCUUUUAUUAUUUUCUCUUUCUUUUUGCAUCCCCUGGGGGUUAAGUCCUUCUGACACUGGAAGGAAAAGCACCCAGAAGUCAGCCCAGGUGAGCCCGGGGUUGCCACCUUUGGGCAAAAUACGGGACAGGUCAGGUAAAAUAAAGGGCAGGUGGGGGUUGUUGCCGGGGUAAGGGGGCUACACAUCGCUUUGCCUGGCGCAGGAGUGACUUCAAAGCAAUCCAUUACAAAGAUCAAAUGGAAGCUAUCCGUCCCUGCAAACAUUCCAGCAACAAUAGCGAAAGAAAACCCUCCCCGCCUGCUGAAUUGCUGUGUGCCAGAAGGGUGAUAAAUGUAGAAAACCAGCCAAAAAAUAAAAAAAUAAAGAGAGGGGCGGGGAAGAGAUAGCAACAAAUUCUGCUUCUCUUCCUGACAGAGAUUUGCCUCCAACAUCCUAACAGGGUUUGCGUAACCCCUCCACCUCUCCAACGACUCCUUCGUGAAUCCCUGUUUACACACACACACAAAAGCACCUUUCGAGUUUAAUACCAGCGUCCCUGCUACCUGUGGGUUUCCAGAUCAAGGGUGGGCAAGCUGUUUCUUGGACUCCAACCCCCAUCAGCACUAGCUGUGUGGCUGAUAGUCAUUGAUGAUGGGAUUUGUAGUGCAGCAGCGUUGAAAGGGCUAGAGGUUCAUCUCCCAUUUAGGUGUUUGAUGCAAAUAAUACAGGGACAGCCAACAUGGUGCCCAAAGCUGAGGUGGUUGGACUCUUCUUCUUCGGACUACAAGGCCCAUCAUCCCAGAUCGUUGGCCAUACUGGCUGGGGCAGAUGGGAGUUGGAGUCCGAUGAUAUCUGGAGGGCAUUAGCUUGAGGUAAUGCAUUAUGCCUAAAAGCUACGUAUGAUAGCUAGCUAAGUUGGUGACCCUCUCUGAUACUUGCUCUCUGAAGCAAAUUGCUGCCUGAUGACCAGCCUUCCCAAAAGACCUUCUUUUCCAGGGCUUAUGCUGCCUUCAACUGCUUCCCUCCAUUAUUGGGAAGCUUUACUCCUUUUCAACUGAUUUCCUUCGCAAUUGUUUGACUAGUAAAUAAGACCUACAUUGUCAAGUAUAUGAGAUAGUUAAGGUUGCUUUGGUUACUGCUGCUCUGCCUGUUUUCUUUCAUAUUGGACUCUGUCAGGCUCAAUAAUUAAUUCAUUGUUGUUGUUCUUGUUGUUGUUAUUUAGAUUUAUAUACCACCAUUCAUCAAAAGAUCUCAGGGUGGUUCACAAUAUAAAAAUAAUAAUUUAAGGCUUGCACAGAUGCUUUAAAAAUCCAUGAUUUCCCACUUCUAAAUAUGUAAGGCUACAACAUGGAGCCGACAUGGGAAUAUUGCCUCAUUCUUCAUCGAUGAUGUCAUAGGCUCUAACCAAUUAGUGCCCUGUGACACUCAUGUAAACGCAAUCCCCAUGGAAAUUGCAAGGUUAAUUGAUUCCCUAGCCAGUUUCCCAGUGACAAAAUAUUGCGGUUUGUAUUCUGGAACGAGGUAAUAUCCCCAUAAUAGAAGUCCUAUCUUGAAAAAUUAUGUCUGGAGUGCUGUGACAAUUUCACUUCCAUAGCCUUACAAAAAUUCAAUAUAAGGUGAUCAGUUCGGCUCUGUUGAUCUCCCCUUGUUAUUUGCCCUUUAGUUAAAGUCUACUUGCUAGUUAGUUAGAGUCUACUUGCUCCAGUCUUUUCAAAGUCCUUAAGGCAAGCUUGCAACAGAGUCGUGUUUCCCCAGUAAGGGUCAGGUGUGAAUUAUGCACUAAAAUAGCAACAGUUAAAAAGUGGUGUUGAAGGAAUAAUAGGAUCUUUUUCUUUCCCAUUUGCAGUGAGCACCAUGGAGAUUGUCUACGUUUAUGUGAAGACGCGCAGUGAGUUCGGUCGACAAUGCACGUUUUCCGACCGGAUGGCAGAGGUCAAUGUGGACAUUCAGCCAGAUCCACUGCAAGCUACAAAUUUUAUUGAAAGAGACCCCAUUGAUACUGGAGUACAGUGUGCCAGUGAUAUGUCAGAGCAUGAGGUAGAGUGUCUGAUCUUGAAAUGCUACUUUCUGCUUUUCUGCCUUUAGGCAGAAUGCUGAAAGCGAAAUGUAUGGCUGAUUAUGCAGGAUUUCCAAACUGCAUAUAAUUCAGCUGGACAAGAAAAAGAGAGUUCUGUUUACAGAACCUUGGCAUUAGAAAAAGAACAUAAAUAAGGAAUCUAGAUUUCUGUACUGUUCAGAAACCAUUCUAAAAUCUUCAUCCAGUGCAAUGUGGCUUUAUGGGGGCUAUUGUUUUGGUGGCAGAGGGAUGCAGGUGGUGCUGUGGUCUAAACUACUGAGCCUCUUGGGCUUGCCGAUCAGAAGGUCAGUGGUUCAAAUCCACGCUAUGGGGUGAGCUCCUGUUGCUCUUUCCCAGCUUCUGCCAAUCUAGCAGUUCUAAAACAUACCAGUGCAAGUAUUUAAAUAGGUACCACUGCGGCAGGAAGGUAAACGGCAUUUCCAUGAGCUCUGGCUUCUGUCACGGUGUUCUGUUGCACCAGAAGCUGUUUAGUCAUGCUGGCCACAUGACCCAGAAAGCUGUCUGUGGACAAACACCGGCUCCCUCAGCCUGAAGCAAGAUGAGUGCCGGACCCCAUAGUGACUGGACUUAACCAUUCAGGGGUCCUUUACCUACCUGUUUUGGUGGCUGUUUUAAAACAAAGUGCUUUUUGUUUUCCAAAUUGAAGCUGGAAAACCCAAGCCCUUAAAAAAAGAAACAAAUCCAUGAAUUUCCUUAAUGAAUGGCGACUUCUGGAUUUUGCUACAUAGCCAUGUAGGUUGGAAGUACUGCUUCUUUUCCUCCAUCCUUAGCUGAGCUUCCCGUGAUUGCGAUGGACACCAAGGUUUUGUUUGACAUGAUUGCAGAAAUGCAGAUUUUACUGACAUCCACUAUAUGAAAACGUAAGGCUGUCUAUGGAGGUAUAAGAAUGAUGCGUAGCCUGGGCUCGAAUUGGACAUUGCAGGGGAGGCAUAGCUUUUACCAAAAUCAGCAACCUGUCCCUGCAGUACAAAAUGCAUGUAGCAACACCCCCAUGUUGUGAGUUUCCCCAUUCCUACAAGCAGUAGCCUGUGAAGUUACAUAGGGACAGGGAACUUGCAAUGCAGUGACAUUGCAUCACAUACUUAGUAUUUGUAGGCAUUACAGAUGGUGAAGGCAUGGGGCUGUUGCUUCGGUUAGAAAGGUACGUAUCCUGAGUCAGGGUAGGGAAGAGCUCUCCACCUGGUGAACUUUUGCCUGCCUGCCAAUUCAACUGCAGAAAGCACAGAAGCCAUGAAAUGGCAAACAAAAUCAAUGAGUGUGGUGUGUUUUGAGUGUUGAUGGGUUGUUGUUGUUUGGCAAAAUAUACAGUCCACUCCUGCUUCAUGCCUAGGACUGUGGGAGCUAGAAUAAUGUAGCAGAACACAUACUUGGCAUAUGAACACAGGCCCCAGGCUCCAUCCCUGCCAUUUCCAGUUGAAGGAUCUCAGGGAGCAGGAGAAAUAUGAAUUACCUUUGCUUGGGGCCCUGUACAGCUGCUGCCAGCUCAAGUAGAAAAUGCUGAGUUAGUGGCCAGUAUAAGGAAGUGUCAUUUAUGCAGGAGGUAUCUUUGUACAAGGGACGCGGGUGGCACUGUGGGUUAAACCACAGAGUCUAGGACUUGCCGAUCAGAAGGUCGGCGGUUCGAAUCCUCGCAACGGGGUGAGCUCCCAUUGCUCGGUCCCUGCUCCUGCCAACCUAGCAGUUCGAAAGCACGUCAAAGUGCAAGUAGAUAAAUAAGUACCGCUCCGGCAGAAAGGAAAACGGCGUUUCCGUUCACUGCUCUGCUUUGCCAGAAGCGGCUUAGUCAUGCUGGCCGCAUGACCUGGAAGCUGUACGCCGGCUCCCUCGGCCAGUAAAGCGAGAUGAGCGCUGCAACCCCAGAGUUGGUCAUGACUGGACCUAAUGGUCAGGGGUCCCUUUACCUUUAUCUUUGUACAGCAUGGUUCUUAUUGGAAUUUCUGUGCACAAUUUCUGUAUAUGGGAAGAAAAUAAACAACUGUUUCUCAUGUGCAAACCAGCCUGCGGGUAGUAAGACUGUCAAUGCUGGUAAUCAGAAGUUUUGGAUGGACUCUGUAAUGUGGAUUAACGUCAUCCGUGGUAUUAUGUGCUUGGCAAUUGGUUGUGUUCGUCGUGUUAUCCCUUUACAUGCAACCCAAUUGGUCACCAAAACGUUCUCCUCUAUGGCCUCCUCCAUUUCUUACGUAUGACCCUUGAGAAUCAUGGUCUUGUAUCUGAGGCCACUGCUGCUGCUGUUUAAAAAGAAAGGGGGGGGGAAGACUGAAGGCAGCUGUGGUUUUCCUUUACACCAGGUCAACACAGAAAGGUUUGAAAUGGAAACCCGGGGCAUCAACCACGUGGAAGGCGGCUGGCCUAAAGAUGUCAACCCCUUGGAAAUGGAACAGACCAUUCGCUUCCGCAAGAAAGUUGAGAAGGAUGAGAACUACAUCAACGUCAUUACUCAGCUGGGCAGUGUAAGUCCCUUUGGCCUCACCCUUUCAGCUCAUCAGCAGCCUAUGUCAAAGCUUUGCAACCUGCUUUCCUUAUUCCUUUUUCUUUGUUUUCUGCAUGACCUCCCCAGGUUUGUUCUGUGGGCAUCCACUGACUGAUUCCAUUACUUCUUUUGUAGCAAAUGGAUCACUGCAUCAAGCAGAACAAUGCCAUCAAUAUCUACGAGGAGUACUUUGAGGAAGAGGAGUUGGCGGGAGUUACGGAUGAGGCUCCAUCAGCAAAAACUAUCAAUGUCUUCAGGUAGCUCUUGAGCAGCCAGAAACCUCUGUCCUCUCUUCUAAUCCAGCUUGAGAUGAUCUUUGGUUUUGUGUAAUGACUGAAAUAUUGCUGAUGCUGCUGUCCUACAAGGUGUAUUGAUCGUUAGAUAAAGGUAAAGGGACCCCUGUUACCCUUAGGUCCAGUCGUGGACGACUCUGGGGUUGCGGCACUCAUCUCGCUUUAUUGGCCGAGGGAGCCGGCGUACAGCUUCCGGGUCAUGUGGCCAGCAUGACUAAGCCGCUUCUGGCGAACCAGAGCAGCGCAUGGAAACGCCGUUUACCUUCCCGCCGGAGCGGUACCUAUUUAUCUACUUGCACUUUGACGUGCUUUCGAACUGCUAGGUUAGCAGGAGCAGGGACCGAGCAACGGGAACUCACCCCGUCAUGGGGAUUCGAACCACUGACCUUCUGAUCGGCAAGUCCUAGGCUCUGUGGUUUAAACCACAGCGCCACCCGUAUUGAUCGUUAUUAACCCUAAAUUAUUCGGGCAGACUGUAUUUGAAGAAUUGGAUGGUCUUUCUUGUCUAUUAUUUCCCUAUCUGUCUGCCAGAUGCUCCCAGCUGCCAUUCACUGACUGUCCCUGAAACCAAGCAUUGUCUAUGAACAUAUCCCUGCUGUUUUCAGUUAACUUGACAGGGCUGGGUAGGAUAUAUUAUUAUGGCACUUUUUCCUUCCAUCUCCCCCUAAAUUGAGCCUAAAUGUAGGACUAAAUGUAGUGGCAGACAUCAUGUCCAUACAGUUAAAAAAAAAGCCUAGAGUGAUGAACAACUGUCUCUUUUGACUCCUUCUGAUGAUCUGUUUAUUGAGCACUCUUCCUGAUUUGCUUGCACAAAGUUUAUGCAGAGGUUAGAUUGUGCUUGGUAUUUAUUGAGCAUUUGCUCUGAUUUGUUUAUAGGGCACUUGCAGGGCUUGAAAGGUCGGCACCAAUACUUUGAAUUGUGCCCGGAAAUGUACUGGAAGCCAAUGUAGGUCUUUCAGGAUUGUCGUAUAAGCACCCCAUAAAUAAAUCAGGACAAAUGCUCAAUAAAGACCAGACUUUAGCCUAAGCUCUGUGCAAACUUUGCGCAAGUGAAUUAGGAUGGAUGCUGGAGAAGCAGGUCAUCUGGUGGAAACCUUGGAAGAAGAAACUGAGAAACCAUAUAUUAUUCAGGCAAUAGUUAUGACUUCUGGAAAAACUGAACUGGGGGCGUUUGGGACUGGAAAUAGACUCCCACCCCAGUGAAGGAUUUCUGCAGCACCUUCUUCAAAAUGCUCAGUGUUAUAACAGACGCACAUAAAACUCCCUUGCCUAUGAGAUAUAUUUUUAUUUUGAGUUCUUUGUGAGAUUUGAUGGCACAACCUGUUGCUUAUGAACAAAUGAAAUGCUGUUGUCUUCUUCUUUCUUAUCGAAAAGGGACCCAAACCCAAUCAAAAGAACAGCCACACAUCUCUCCUGGCACCCCGACAGAAGCCGGAAGCUGGCAGUCUCUUAUGCCAGCCUCGAAUUCCAGCGGAGUUCAAAAGACAUGAGCUAUGAUUCAUACAUAUGGGAUCUUGGUAAGAAGGGGGGCAAGGCGGCGAUUAUGGUUUCUGUGUAAUUUCCCCUAGACUGGGCCUAAGCGCUGGCAGAUCCAUCUCUUGGCUGGGAUCUGCGGGAGACGCCUCCUGCCAUAUCCACCCUCCACAGAAUGGAGGAAGCAGAAAGGGUCUCUAACCUGGAUUUUGCCCAACUCUAAAGGGUAGUCCUACUAUUAAUUCUGCCUCCCAUUUCCUUGUUCUGCUCCUCACUUUAGUUUUUCUACUGCCUGCACCUUCAGGUGAAUUUACGCCCAGUUCAUUCAUAUUCAGGAGCAGAAAUGUUGCCUAUAGUAGCCAUGGGGUGCAGUGGGACGAGAGAUAAGGGAAUAAAACGGAUAAUUUAUUUACCGUUCACUUUAGAAUUGUGAAGUCUGACAGUUAUUUUCUUCUGUAUGGUAAUUCUGCCCCCCCCUCUUUUUUUAAGAAACCCCCAACAAACCAGAACUUGUUAUCCGGCCAUCCUCACCUUUGGUGUGCUUAGAGUACAACCCAAAAGACUCACAUAUCCUGAUUGGAGGAUGCUACAAUGGGCAGAUAGGUAAGGGAAUGGUUAGCACACGGUAAAAAGUAGUGGGAAAUUCAGGGCCCUCAUUGUGUACCUUGAAGUCUAUUCUUGUUUGGCUUUAUCUGUAAUUGUCACUGGCAAGCCUUCACUCCAAUAGUGCUGGAAAAGGAAAUGGAGGAAGGGGGCUGGCAAACCAUGUGCUUUCAAAUAUUUAUCUUUUUUGUUGCACCGACUCCAGUUUUUGAAAAUAUUUGCUGCUUUCAAAGUGUACAUGAACUUUUUAUUUUUUCAAAAAUCUGACAGCAACAGGCAUCUAAAGCCAAAAAUAAAAAUAAAUGGAAGUCAGGUUCAGUGUCCAGGGUUAGUGGAAACUGAUAACUGGUCUUAAGAGCAAAGGAAAUCCAUAGCGGAGGUUUCAAGGUUUCCAAUUCCGCUUGCUCGGUCAGAUCCACUUCUGCACCCACAGCUUUGAAUGAAAACACAGUUAUGAACUAUGUUGGGAGUGCUUGUGUUCGAUUUGCGUAACUCAGAGUUUGGCAUUUCUUGGAAUAGAAUUUGAAUUGUGGAAAGCAGAAUGCAUUGCAGCUGUUUUUAUUCAUGUGUUUAAUCAGCUUCUAUCCUGCCCUCCAAACUUACACAACUCUGAAUUAAAAUAACGUGGCAAAAACAACAUUACAAUAAGAAAAACGGAACAGCAAAGAAAAAUUCAUUUGUCCUUUAGAAGCCUGGAAAAAUGAAAAAGACAGUAUAGCAGCAAAGAUCCCAGGUGAGCCUUCUAGGGAACAACAUUCCAUAGGCAGGGUGCCACCACCGAGAAGGCUCUGAGGGAUCCAAUGUACUACCUUGGGUUACCAGUUACCUGUUCUCUUCCAUUUCCCAUGCCUUAGGUUCUCAUUGCCAGAUGUUUUGUCUAGUCCUGAUUGCCGUCCUCAGGCUGCUGCUUGGUUUUAUACCUCUUUGAACGUGGGCUUUGAACGUAGAGAGGCAUACCUGAAUGCCCUGCCACAGCUCGCCUUCCAUCGCUGCUCUAUACAGUGGUACCUCGGGUUAAGUACUUAAUUCGUUCCGGAGGUCCGUUCUUAACCUGAAACUGUUCUUAACCUGAAGCACCACUUUAGCUAAUGGGGCCUCCUGCUGCCGCCAUGCGAUUUCUGUUCUCAUCCUGAAGCAAAGUUCUUAACCCGAGGUACUAUUUCUGGGUUAGCGGAGUCUGUAAUCUGAAGCGUCUGUAACCUGAAGCGUAUGUAACCCGAGGUACCACUGUAGUUUAAAAAGAGAGCCUUGGGUUUGCCCUAUAUGCUCUGUCUCUUCGUAACUGCUGUGAAGAUGGACCAGGAUGAGUGUAUUCACAUGGUGUAUUGUGGCUACUUGCCUUGUUUUCAGAGAAGAGUCUGUGAACUCUCAUGCUUGAAAGAACAGGCUGUGUGCAGCUGGAAUUUCGCCUCCCUGCUUCCUUUGCAGAAGUUCUCAUGCCAAAGACGUCGCCCGUCACAUUCCUCUUUUUCUUUUUUAAUACGUGAACAGCAGCAUGUCUUUCUAGUAGUAAUAGGAACCUCUCCAAAGAAAACAGGAAGCAAAGCUCUGACUGCACACAGUUAUCUCCCAUGCCCUUCCAUGUACCACCAGGUACCACCACUGUUGGAUACAGGAAACUGGGCGAGAGGACUCAGAGCAUUCUUUAUUUUCCUGUGUUUCCCACAAAUACCAUUUGGGGCUCUUGCUCCCCACUAAGGCUGGGUAAUAUAUCAAUAUAUUGCCCAAAACCGGUUUCAACUCCAUAUUGUGAUAGUGGUUUCAUAACUGUUGACUGAGCAAUAUGUUGCAAAUCAUGAUGCGUGUUAGGGCUAGGUGAUAUAUUAUCCAAAACUGGUUUCAAGUCCAUAUCAGAACAAUGGUUUCAUAAUUUUUGACUGGGCAGUAUAUUGUGAAUCGUAUGUGUGUGUUAUGCAAAAAUCACAAUGUGGGGAAAACCGUGAAGCCAGCCAGUUCCUCUACAUAGCUCCAUCCUUAUUUCAGACAUCAUGAUAGAUCAGUAUAUCCAGGGCCGGAUUUAGAUUUGAUGAGGCCCUAAGCUACUGAAGGUAAUAGGGCCCUUUAUAUGUCCAGCUGUCCUUUGUCAACAACAAACUGUCACUGUUUUUUGUGUUGAAUAUAUGCUAUAUGGCAAUUUAUGGACCUAAUGUAUAUCUAAAGCCAUUUGCACAUAACAAAAUAUGUAUUUUAUCAAAGUAAUUGUUGAACUGAAAUACAAUUAAGAAGAAGUAUAUUAAUAGUGAAAUACAAUUAAGAAGAACUAUAUUAAUAGUGAAGUAAUUAUUAAGCUCUAACUUAAAAUGAUUUUUUAUUCAUAACAAACUUAGUAAUGCAAAUACUUUGGCAUUUGGCAAUAACACAAUUUACAACGACUCAUAAUCUAUUCCUCUUUGCCCCCCACCCAAGAGAGUGGGGCCCUAAGCUAUAGCUUGUUUAGCUUAUACGUAAAUCCAGCACUGAGUACAGUGGACGCUCAGGUUGUGAACGAGAUCUGUGCCGGAUGCACGUUCGCAAUCCGCAUCUGCGCACGCGCGUGUUGCGAUUUAGCACUUCUGCGCAUGCACAAAGAGCAAUUUAGCGCUUCUGAGCAUGCACAACCGCCGAAACCCAGAAGUAACCCGUUCCGGUACUUCUGUGUUUCGGCGGUCCACAACCCAAAGAAAACGCAACCUGAAGCGGCUGUAACCUGAGGUAUGACUGUAUAUCGCAAUGUUCAGCUGGUGAUAUAUCACAAAGUUGAAAACCAGCUUCGUUCUUAUCCCAGACAUUGUGAUAUAUCACAGUGUUGUAAACCAGAUAUCGCCCAGCCCUACUCCCCCCAGGAAAUCGUCUUUCCACUUUCUGCUAAGGCUAACCCUUACCAUAUAGGGUGUUUUCCAGCUUUGCACACCCCGGCCUGUCUCUUGGCUGACUUCACCAGGGUGCUGUGUGGAUGUGUAGUCACAUUUCCAUCAACAAGGCUGCUCUGGGGAUCCUGUUCAGAUUGGUACAUGACAUAGCUGCUGCCGUGAAGUGUUACCCAAGGAGCUCACAACCCUGUUAUUCCUAAUUGUCCCUGUUUGAUUAACAAAAACGAUUGUCUGCCAUGGUUUUCAGAGUUCCACCAAGCUCAGGUUUGCCACGUCCAUUUAUGAUCGUAUUGCCUUUUUCAUUCACAUGUGCCCUUUGAGUUAAUUAUACUCCCUUUUAUGUUUCUUUUGCCAUUUUCAUCAGCAAUCAGAUCUGACAGGGUCUCUAUUACAGGGACGUUAUUAAGCACUUGAUAGGUGAUGGAAGAGGGAGUUGAUUUCACUUUGUCCUUCACAGGCCUCCUGAGGCAGGCAGUAAUGGCCCCGUGAAACACACUCUGUCACCUCCAAUGGCUUAAUUAUAACUGAACCAUAGACAGCAAAAGCAAUUCCCUGCUGCGUCUGCAAAAAUCCAGCCCAUCUGUGUGCUUUGAAAAGGAGAAGCUUUAAAAGAAGCCUCUGGUAAUAAAGCAGUUUUGAAUUAGGUCUAAGGGUUAAAGCACACGCCAGAGACAUCUGGUGAAUUUCUGCUUCUGCCACAGACCACAUAUGAUUUAUAUGGGGAGGUUUUCCAAUCCAAAUAACAAUCACCUCCUGUAUCAUUUUGGGGUACAUUGGGAUGAAGACAUAGGGCACUUUGUGGCAAUCAUUAAUUUUCUGUAUUAGUCCAGUAUAGUAAUGUUAAAUUCUUGAGAAUAAUCUUUUGGAGAAUAUUCUCGAUUAAUGAGAAUAUUAGAGAAUUUUCAUUUUAAAUAGGAGAAUAUUCAUUUUAAUGCAUUGAAAAUGAUAUAUAACACAGCUUGAUAAACAAAACUAUAUUCAAAGAAGCCAUUAACAUUAAAUGUAUUAUCAUUAUAUGAUAAUAUAUUUCAGUAUGUCAAUCUCCGGUAAAUGGCACCUUGUACCAUUGAAUGGCACUGUGAAAACCGGUUACUGGCACUAAAUAAAAAUCAAGAAAUGUCAACUGUUUAAAUGAAGGCCACCUCACAUGCUGUUACACAUAAUUGUAUAGGCCUAGGUACUUUUAAGUGUAUAAAGCAUUAAAGCUACUUUGUGUAAAAAAAAAAAAAAAUCACACUGUGUGGCCAAGGGUAUAGAAUUGCUAAGAAUAAGGUCACAACAAAAUAGAAAAAAGGUUAUUACAUAUAGUAGAAAUACAUACAAAUUCAAAUGUUCAUCAGAUUAAAUGAAUAGCAUUUUUAAAACUAAAAAAUAAAUAAAAAUGUUUUCUGUAGCUCACAUUUCAGAACUGCCAAUGGUGAAUGACACAAUGCCUAGUAAUGUAACUGGAUUUAAAAAAAAAUCAUUAUUCAUUACUUACACUGGUAAUAUCACAGCUUGACUUAUUAUUUACUGGAUUUUUUAAAUGUAGGUUGUGAAACUAGUUCUUACAUUAGAAUUUACAGUUUGUGGAGAAUAUUCUCUGGAUAUUCUCUCACCUCACAUCACUAGAGUAUGGUAUUUACAUUGGCUCUUCCAUUUCUGGGCCUGAAAACUAAAUGCAAAUGCUGCAAAGCUAUGAUGUAUACUUGAUUUUUAAAGAAUUGCUCAACAUAUAUUCCUGAAAUCUAAUUAAUUGGGGAGAUUUAUUCAGAAUAAAAGAAGUUUAUGUUAACAUUUUGAGGAUGAGCGGAAGACUGGAACAGUGUGGGUGGCGAAAAGAAGCUGGAUUAACUUUUUGGAGCGAUUUCCCGAUUACCAUAGAAUUGUAGAGUUGGAAGGGACCACAAGGGCCAUCUAGUCCAACCCCCUGCAAUGCAGGAAUCUUUUGCCCGACGUGGGACUCAAACCCACCACCCUGAGAUUAAGAGACUCAUAUUCUACCAACUGAGCUAACCAUAACCAAGGACCUUGAUGCAUGUUGAACAACUUCAAGAUAGGACCCUCGAGUAAUCCUAUAGCCAAAAGAUGCUAUUAACCUUGUUUGUGGAAGGAGGACCUGAGCAUCUUUCAAGCGACCCACAAUUCCUGUUUUUACUGCCCCUCAGCUUACUGGGACACUCGAAAAGGAGGCCUGCCAGUGGAACUGACCACAGUCGAGCUUAGCCACCGGGAUCCUGUGUAUAAUGCUAUCUGGCUGCAGUCAAAGACUGGGACCGAUUGCUUCUCUGGCUCCACUGAUGGGCAGGUAAAAGACAGAUACUGCAGUUUGCCAACUAUAGGAACAGAUAGCCUUUACUCAGGAAGGGGGGUGCAGUAGCUGCACCAGACCUACGGAGGAACUAGAGACGUUUUCGUGCUCCUGCAGCUUUGCUCCAAGUUCUGUUUUAAAAAAAAGACUUGAGCUUCUUGCUGCUUCUGUACCCUUGGCUGGUUCAAACGAUCGACUGCAUUUAUCAGCUAAGCCACAGCACUGAAUGCAGGCGGUAGUUGUAUCCUAGAUGGUGAAUCUAGCUGAUGGUGUGUAUCUCUGAAGAGCAGCCAGUAUGGCUUCUGGGUCGGUGCCUGUCAAAGAAUCAUUCAGCCAUAGAGCAAUGGACGCUCAUGGAAAGAUCUGUAGCUGGGAGCGCUAUAGCAGAAUUCAGAAGUAGGCAGAAAAAGUAAGAAGGGCUUGUUGGUGCUGUGAGAAUUCUACACUGGUCAGGAAGGAGAAGAAAAGGGAGAGGAGUCAUUGGGUUGUUUCUAACUAAUUGCAGGGGUCAGCAAACUUUUUCAGCAGGGGGCCAGUCUACUGUCCCUCAGACCUUGUAGGGGGCCAGACUAUAUUUUUGGGGGGGAAAUGAACAAAUUCCAAUGCCCCACAAGUAACCCAGAGAUGCAUUUUAAAUAAAAGGACACUUCCUACUUAUAUAAAAAUACGCUGAUUCCCAGACCAUCCGUGGGUGGAUUUAGAAGGCGAUUGGGCUGGAUCCGGCCCCCAGGCCUUAGUUUGCCUACCCCUGAACUAAUGAAAGUCUAAAACUCUCAGAUGCCAUAGAACCAGGGAAGCCAACUUGAGUAAAAUAUUGGGGGGGGGGGCAGGUAAGUCCUGCCCCACAUAAUCACAUGACACGGCACACACACACCGUUUGAAUGGUAAUGCCCAUCAACUUGGGAAGGGAUGGCCCCCUCAAAUAUUUUAGGGGGGGGCAAAAGCCCCUCUGCCCCUGGGAGUUGGCUCCUGUGGAUAGAACAUAGAGUUGGACCUUUGAACCGGGGUGGGGGGUUGUAGAAUAAUUUCAACUGAAUUUCACAGGGAGCUUCAGCUAGUAUAAUCAAAAAGAUUCUUGUCCUCUAAAUUUGGGGGGGGGGGGUUGCCUUUAUGAACCACUGCCGAUUACCACCAAUGGAGGAAGGCAUAUGGGGGGGGUGUGCUGUCCUGCUGAUAAAAACUUUUAUCUUGGAGAGGCUCUGGGAAUAGAAUCCAUCUCAUCCUGAUGACAAUCUUCUAGGUUGGCAGGUGAAUUCCUUGCAGACCUGAUGGUCCAGGAACAUUGAGUUCCUUUUUUUCUUCUUCCUUCCCUCCUAAGUAUCUAACACAGCUUGCUUUCUGGAGCCAUCUGGAUGACUUCUGUCUGUGAUGCCCCUUGGGCGCCUUUCUUUGCUCUUGUUCUCUGCUUUCACAGCACACAAUAAUCUGAAUGAUUUGAACUAAUCUGAUAGGAAUGUUUUGGGUACAGCAAGUCCUGGUCUCUGCACAAAGGAUUCAAUUAAGGGAUUAGUGUGCCACUUCCAGCCCUCCAGACCGAAGAUUCGGUGAACAAGUUGACAAGCAGCAACGCUGAAGGCCAAGGGUGUGGAUAUUGGGGGUGAAAGGCUGGUGCCUAGAGCGCUAGGAAAGAGCAUACAUACUUGGUCACAUUCUGCUUCGCUUGGAAACAAUCCCUAGUGGGGAAACAGAGCCUGUAGAUGGAAUGAGCAUAGAAGGUUCUUCAGUACUAUGCUGUUCAUCAGAGAUUAGACAUUUUGAUGUUAGAUCUUGCAGUUCAUGAUGGGAACUGAUUCAGAUGACUAUGUCGGCCACAUGAUAGUUAAAAUUAGCAAUAGCCUGCUCACCUGAAGCUGUCAUUAGAUGGCUUCUCAUCUCUUAAAAUCAGCUAGUAAGAUGUGCAAAACAGUGUUGCAGCAUGGAGAGUUCCUUAACAAGGUGCCAGCCAUGUUUUCUCAGAUACCCCAUUCCAUUCCCCAUGGUUUUCCAUUGUUUUUCCCAACUCAUGCUGAGCAUUCCAUGGGCAGUGAUCAUUUGCAGUCUUCACUGUGUUGUGCGCAUAUAUUUUUGGGGAGGGUCCCUUCCUUAGGUCCACCCCCCUAAACUUUGGGGUUCUCCCAAGCAUGCUGAUACCACCCCUCUUGUGUGUGGAUGGCGCUGUUUGGGUUACAUAAGGAUCAGCAAUCAGACCAUCAAGUUCACUAAUAGUGUGGCAGAAACCUUUCAUCCAAUGAAAUUGCCACCAUUUCAGCGAGUUGUAAAUUAGCCAUCUGAACCCACCCAUAAUGUGGGCCCCCCCAAAAAAGCAUCAGUAAUGGCAUUUCUUUUUUCCAGGUACUGUGGUGGGACAUUCGUAAACUAGCUGAACCAACUGAAACACUAGUGAUGGACAUCAGUAGGAAAGGGAUCUUGGAAAAUGCUUUAGGAGCCAUUGCCCUGGAAUUUGAGCCAACCAUGGUGAGUGUGCUCUGAAUUCUCUCCUAUGUAUCUGAGUUCUAGAGAAGGCUUUUGUCUUCUUUCCCCACCUUUUAGUUUUUGGGUGCCACUAAAACCCUGACUUCGGUUCCUAAGUGAUACUAUGUAGGGAGGGGACUAAAGGAGAGAAAACACAUGAGAAUUUUUUUUAAAAAAUGUAUCAGGGAAAAAGCUUAAGAGUGAAAUGGCAAUAGAGAUGUGCCUAGAGAAACACAUUUUAAAACACUGGCAUUAGGCAUUGGAAAGGUAAAAAGGUCAAGGUAAGGGACAGUUAAGUCCAGUUGCAGACGACUCUGGGGUUGCGGCGCUCAUCUCGCUUUGCAGGCCGAGGGAGCCGGCGCUUGUCCACAGACAGUUUUUCCGGGUCUUGUAGCCAGCAUGACUAAGCCGCUUCUGGUGAAACCAGAGCAGUGCACAGAAACACCGUUUACCUUCCCGCCGGAGUGAUACCUAUUUAUCUACUUGCAUUUUUUGGUGUGCUUUCGAACUGCUAGGUUGGCAGGAGCUGGGACCGAGCAACAGGGGCUCAUCCCAUCAUGGGGAUUCAAACCGCCAACCUUCUGAUCGGCAAGCCCAAGAGGCUCAGUGGUUUAGACCACAGCGCCACCCGCAUCCCUUAUUGGAGAGGUACAGGGGAACAAACUGGACUUUUGAGGAUAUAACAUGUAAACUGCAAGGGGAGCAUGAUGAUCAGAGAAAUCAUCCUAGCUCAAAUGCCAUGUGUCUCUGUGAGCUAGCAGACACUCCCCAGACGCUUUCAUGGCUUCCCGCAACCCCCCGGCAUGUAUAUCAGUACUCAUACUGGAGUACCGCUUCAGAGGACCAUACGAAACCAUUUCAAAUUCCUGGAAGCUUGUGACCUCCAGAACAUUUUGGGAUGAAGUGAUAAAGAACUUUGCCACACUUAGCAAUCUGUCUCGAUGGGUAUCCACUCUUCACUUUCAAGAUGAGAAAAAUAUAUACAGUGGAACCUCGGUUUUCGAGUGUCUUGGAAGCCAAAUGUUUCAGUUUUCGAAUGCCAAAAACCCGGAAGUAAUUGCUUCCAUUUUCGAACGCGCCUCAGAAGUCGAACGGCUUCUGAGGUGCAUUUCUCAGUUUUCUCAAUGGGAUUUGCCGGCUGCCCAUUGAGCCUCGGUUGUCAAACGUAUCGGAAGUUGAACGGUCUCCAGGAACGGAUUACGUUCGACAACCAAGGUUCCACUGUAUAUGGAAGAUACUCGCGGUGCAUAGAUCUGUUUCACAGAACCUUCUAGUGUGCACUCACUGUACCAGCUACCAAGAUUCCUUUAUCCAAACACAGAUUGCUGAAGUGCGCCUGAUUCUCCUAAGCUUUCAUUGGCUGAUGGCCACUGAGAGAGAUCACUCGGUGGUGCAUUGCCAAGUGGUUUAAUCACAAACACACUUCAAAGGCAUGGUUGUCACCUGACAUCCUUUUGACAUCAGGUCAUGCACGGACAGGUGGGUGGCUCCAUCUGCUUGUCCAACUUGGCUUGUGGGGCUCAUGGAGAUAAGGAGCGGUCACAGGGAGCUUUUCACUCCUCUCCUCCCAUGCCUCCCCCUGAAAUUGACUCUGGAGGGUUCGAAGAAUCCUCAGAGCAAUGCACAGGAGGAGGAGAGGAGGGACUGUUCCACCUGGCAAGCAGUGCUGCUGCUUCUUUUCAGCCAGAGCGUGCCAGAGUUCAGUUCCGGCACCUCUCGGGUAGGUGCCAUUGCGGGCUGGCGCUCCCCCCAACCACUUCUUGCCAUUACGUACUUCUGAGAAGCGCAAAAUGAACAUUUCAGGUCAAAACAGAAGCUGGCCAGUGUGUGAGGGUCUAUACUUUGUUUUGGAUCUAUGACUCCACCUAGCUCCUAGCCACUGCUAGCCUUGAUUGGUCAAACUACAGGGUGGGGCCAAUUCCUAUUUCCUUUUCUUAAAUCCGUCUUCUGGGUAGCAGGGGAGCUCCUGUCAGUCAGUGUGGACAAUACAGCGGUACCUCAGGUUACAUACGCUUCAGGUUACAGACUCUGCUAACCCAGAAAUAUUACCUCGGGUUAAGAACUUUGCUUCUAGAUGAGAACAGAAAUCGUGCUCCGGCGGCAGCGGGAGGCCCCAUUAGCUAAAUUGGUGCUUCAGGUUAAGAACAGUUUCAGGUUAAGAACGGACCUCCGGAACGAAUUACCGUAUUUUUCGCUCUAUAGGACGCACUUUUCCCCCUCCAAAAAUUAAGGGAAAUGUGUGUGUGUCCUAUGGAGUGAAUGCAGGCUCCUUGGCUUCAGCAAUAGCAACGCGAAGCCUCGGAAGUGCAGAGGGAGUGCUCCCUUCGCGCUCCGGAGGCUACGCGUUGCUUUUGCUGAAGCCUGGAGAGUGGUCGGUGCGCACCAACGCCUCUCGCUCUCCAGGCUUCAGGGAUAGCCGCCUGAAGCCUUUGGAGCCUAGCGGGAACUUGCGCUGCGCUCCAAAGGCUUUGGGUUCCUUUUCCUCAUCAGAGAGGGAGAGCUGCGCAGCGCCCCUUCAGCUAAGUGGAAGGAGAAAUGGAAGGGGCUCCGUUUCUCCUGCCGCUUCGCUGAAGGGGCGCUGAGCAGAGAGGGGGAGAAUUUUAUUUUCUUGUUCUCCCCCUCUAAAACAAGGUGCGUCCUAUGGUCGGGUGCGUCUUAUAGAGCGAAAAAUACAGUAAGUACUUAACCCGAGGUACCACUGUACUGAGCUAGAUGGACCAGCCAGUGGCCUGACUUGGUGUAUGGCAGCUAUGUUCUAAAACACCCAACUUCCUUCUUUUCAGUCUUGGUAUAAAGUCUGAAGUAUCCAUUGUUAUUUCUGGAUAAGCUAGCAAGUGGGUAAGAACAACCAGCAUUUACUGAGGAACUGUGCAACUUUAAAAAUAUGGCUCACCUCCAUGUUGGCGGUGGGGGGUGAGGAACACAUCGACUAACAUUGUUGUUAAAUCUUCUCGCUCUGAAAUGGCUGCUUCUGAGAUUGGGGGUGUGGGAAUCGGCUGCCGCUUGAGAAGGGAUCUAAUCUCUACAGCCAGCAGGAGCUGAAUCUCAAUAAGCAUCUUUAUCUCUUUGUUAGGUGGCUAAGCAAGCCCCUAAUCACUGAGGCUACAGGUUUUCGGAGAGCCAGCAGGGAAGCUAAAUUGUGCAUCACACAUCCCAACAAGCCUACAAGCCUAACUUUGAAAGUUGUGCGGGGGGCGGGGAGAGAGACACACACAUGUCCAGAAAGUCUAAAGAACAUAAUAUUUAGUGUUGUCAUUGCGAAGGUUUUAUUCUCCCCCGCCAGCUACUGAAUCGUACUCUGCACUCUGAAGGUGGAGGGACUGCCUUUUUCUGCUGUUUGCCGUGGUGUGUGGUCUUAUCUUUUAAUUUGUCAGAAGCAGCGCAGAGUGACUGGGGCAACGCAGUCAGACGUAUAGAUAAUAAUUUGUUGUUGUUGUUGUUGUCAAGUUAUGAGGCCGAGACAUAGGACAUCCUUAGGCCAGGUGUGGUGAUAUCGCCCCUUUAAGACUGGUAUAUAGGAAUGGGUUAAAGGUAAAGGGACCCCUGACCGUUAGGUCCAGUCGUGGAUGACUCUGGGGUUGUGGCGCUCAUCUCGCUUUAGUGGUUGAGGGAACCAGCGUACAGCUUCCGGGUCAUGUGGCCAACAUGACUAAGCCGCUUCUGGCGAACCAGAGCAGCGCACGGAAACACCGUUUACCUUCCCGCUGGAGUGGUACCUAUUUAUCUACUUGCACUUUGACAUGCUUCCAGACUGCUAGGUUGGCAGGAGCAGGGACCGAGCAACGGGAGCUCACCCUGUUGCAGGGAUUUGAACCGCCGACCUUCUGAUUGGCAAGUCCUAGGCUCUGUGGUUUAACCCACAGCGCCACCCGUGUCCCUAGGAAUGGGUUAGAACCUCAGAAAUAAUGUGCUUACAUAUAGCUGUCUCCCAUUAAGGUUUCAAGGCCAGGAUCACAAGGUAAUUGGGUAGAAGAGGUCCCAUGGUCUAAGUUCCCAUAAAACGUGGGUUUUUGAGAGCUCUCGGCAGCCAACUAAGCUGAAGAAGAAGAAGAGUUUGGAUUUGAUAUCCCGCCUUUCACUCCCUUUAAGGAGUGUCAAAGCGGCUAACAUUCUCCUUUCCCUUUCUCCCCCACAACAAACACUCUGUGAGGUGAGUGGGGCUGAGAGACUUCAAAGAAGUGUGACUGGCCCAAGGUCACCCAGCAGCUGCAUGUGGAGGAGCGGAGAAUCGAACCCGGUUCCCCAGAUUACGAGACUACCGCUCUUAACCACUACACCACACUGGCUCUCUGCGUCUAUUUGGGCUUUUGACAGCAUCUUCUUCCGUUGCUCAGCCUACUGAGAUUCAAGUGUAAGCAUCUAUGUUAAUUAGCUGGAUAGGUUAGGGUUUGUGGUUUCCUUACCUUCUGAGCUAUUUUAAUUUGUAUAAAUUAUUUGGCAAAUUUUCUCUCUCGUGGAGUUUUGCUUUAGUAAAGUCUGUGUACGAUUUCACGAAGUUGGGUCUGGUCUGAGUUCCUGAACCCUUAAAUUCUGACCACGCUUUUUGGAACAAGGGUCAUCCACCACACUGGGGAUUCAGAAUACAUCCAGGAGUCGGCAGCAGUUUGGCAUGGCAUGGAGAUAAUCAAAUAUUUCAAGCCCAGGUCUUCACUAGGUCUGUAUUGCUCAGUGAUCUUUUACUAGAUUACGUAGCAAGCGCUCUCCCAAAAUGACCUCAGCAUGGGAGUGCUCAUCUAGCUUUUGUAAAAAGUUAUGAAUAGCAACAAACCUCUCUUGUUUAAUAAAUAAAUAAAUAAAUAAAUAAAUUUAUAAGUAAUAAAUUAUUAUUUAUUAAAUAGUUUGCUUUUGGAGAUGUAUUUGUUCUGGUUAAUUCACUUAAAGCUGCACACUUCUUUCUAGUUUUGUAGUGCCUUCCUCCCUCCCUCCCUCAAAUAGCUAUGACUGUAACCAUUUGGGGCAAAGGGGAACUCUACGGCUGCUGAGCUAAGGCUAACAUAACCAUAUUGCUUAGGGCUUAGGUGUUGGUGGUGGGGAAUCUCUGCUUUAAAUUAUCUACAGAUUCCAUUUGUCCAUCCUUUGGUGGCCAACCUCUCUGUCUCUCCUUCCAGUGAAUAUUGUAAGUGCUGAGUUCCAUCUUUGGGCUUCGUUGCUCUUGUCUCCUCAAACUUUGCAGCAAUAUUUAUAAAAGAAUAACCAGCCCACCGUCACUUGCCUUUCUACUCAACGUGAGUCCUUUCGUGAGCUCUGCUCUUUGGUCCAGGAAAAGAGAACCCACCACACUGAAGCGUAACAAUAGCGUUCCAUUGUGUUUCCACAGCCAACCAAGUUCAUGGUGGGAACAGAGCAAGGGAUUGUGAUUUCCUGUAACCGCAAAGCCAAGACUGCUGCUGAGAAGAUUGUCUGCACGUUCAGUGGGCACCACGGCCCAAUCUAUGCCCUGUCGAGGAAUCCUUUCUACCCCAAGAACUUUUUGACCGUUGGGGAUUGGACUGCACGCAUUUGGUCAGAAGAGAGCAGAGAAUCGUCCAUCAUGUGGACUAAGUAGGUAACACAUUGUGUUGCCCAUAUCUUGUUGUUUUUAAAAUUGCAUACAUGUCAGCUGGCCAUAACAGUGGGUGCCUUGGUGCUGUCAGGGGUUACAAUGUGGCCACAACUUUUUCACCUUGAGGGUGCUCCAAGGUCGAUUUCUGGCAUGUCUACCAACAAAGUCUUAGCUCAGUUAGUUGGAGCGUGGUGCUGAUAAUGCCAAGGUUGCAGGUUCGAUCCCCGUAUAGGACUGCUGCAUAUUCCUUUUCAUUGCAGGGGGUUGGACUAGAUCAGUGUUUCCCAGACUUGGGUCUCCAGCUGUUUUUGGACUACAACUCCCAUCAUCCUUAGCUAGCAGAACCAGUGGUCAGGGAUGAUGGGAACUGUAGUCCAAAAAAAAAAAAAAAGCUGGAGACCCCAAGUUUGGGAAACACUGGACUGGAUUGUCAUCAUUUUAUUAUUUGUACCUUGCCCAUCUGAUUGGGUUGCCCCAGCCACAUAAUAAAACAUUACACAUUAAAAAGCUUCCCCAAACAGGGCUGCCUCAAGAUGUCUUUUAAAGGUUGUAUAGUUGCUCAUCUCCUUGAUUCCUUGACUCCUUGACGGGAGGGUGCUCCACAGGGUGGGUGCCACUACCAAGAAGGCCCUCUCUAGAUGAUCCUCAGGGUCCCUUCCAUCUCUACAGUUCUAUGAUUCUAUGAAGUCCAUGUCAACGUAGCAAUCUAAACAAUCCUUUGUAUUUGUCUUCAUCCUUUCCGCCUUGGAUAGCUGUUACACCUUAUGCUUGUUCUGUGGUUUGGGGAGGCGGCAUGCUUUAAGCAAUUAAUUGGUUGAAAGCACACUGAAACAGAAUGUCACGUCAGUGCUCCUCUGUGUGCAACUUACAGGGUGAUUCUCUCCAACGGAGAAAAGCAAUAAACUAGGAGAUCCCUUCUGCUCUUAAACCAGCUGCCUCUCCCAAGUGUCUCAGAGCAUAGCCAAGGCAAUUGUGAAGAGUCAAUGCAGCAUGUUGGAUUUCUUGAACUCAGAAGGGUUGUAGGAAGGGAAGGAAUCUUGUGGAAAUAUGGAACCUUGAGGUUUAUACAAAUUCCAGCCCUCAAGUGGACUGUGAAAGUACGGUAAUAUUGACUAACCGUGUACAUUCCAGUGCCCAAGAUACAGUGGUACCAUGGGUUACAUACGCUUCAGGUUACAGAUUCCGCUAACCCAGAAAUAGUACCUCGGGUUAAGAACUUUGCUUCAGGAUGAGAACAGAAAUCGUGCUCCAGCGGCGCAUUGGCAGCACGAGGCCCCAUUAGCUAAAGUGGUGCUUCAGGUUAAGAACAAUUUCAGGUUAAGAACAGACCUCUGGAACGAAUUAAGUACUUAACCCGAGGUACCACUGUAUGCUAAAUGUUUGCAUCACAAACACAGGGAAUUAAUAGCAGACCCUCCAAGUGUCCCUAUUUUCCAGGGACAGUCUCGGAUUUAUAGAAGCUGUCCCGGUUUCUGAUUUGAUCCUGGAAUGUCCCGCUUUUCCUUAGGAUGGCCCUAUUUUCAUUGGAUAAAUGUUGGAGGGUAUGGAUUUAUGCGACCCCUUGAGCCAAGGAGAUAAGUAACUAUACAACCUUUAGAAGACAUCUGAAGGUAGCCCUGUAUAGGGAAGUUUUUAAAUGUUUUAAGUUUUGUCAUGUUUUUAUAUAUGUUGGAAGACCAGCCCAGAGUGGCUGAAGCCCAGUCAGAUGGACAGGGUAUUAUUAUUUUUAUUAUUAUUUGGAUGUCCCUAUUUUCAUCAGACAAAUAUUGGAGGGUAUGCAAUAGGUUCCUGUUUCCUCUGUGGUACAGUAGAUACACUUUUCCCUCCUUUGAAAUACACCGUUUCAUGCAAAGCUUCACUUUUAAUAAGCAGCAGUACUAGGAAGCCUUUUAAAUGGAUCCUUUGAAGCACAAGAAAUGCUGCGUUCUUUGGCAGAUACCAUAUGGCAUACCUCACAGAUGGCUGCUGGAGCACCACUCGGCCAGCUGUCUUCUUCACCACCAAGAUGGAUGGCACCCUUGAUGUCUGGGACUUCCUCUUCAAACAGAACGACCCUACACUCAACUUGAAGGUGAUUCCAGAGGGAACAAACAUAUCCACGUUUCAGAUUCUUCUGUUGCAGUCUUCCUGUUCUGAGACUUCCACUCUCUAGAGGCAGAACGUUAACUUGGAAGAUCUCUAGCUUGGUGCCCAUUUGAAAUUAAGUAGUGGUUUUUGUCACUUCUGCCGGACUUUGCAGUAGCUCUGGGUGACUCGGGUGCUGCAACGGUAGCCAAAUAGUUAAGUCUGGGCUCCAGCAGGUAGCCACUUUCUUGGAAGGGGAAAGUUUGUACAUCUGUGUGCCUUGUCCUGUUUGAAAAUGGCUGCAUUUUUGCCGCAGUUACAUUUGUUUGAAAGCCUCUGCAUGAAACAGUUUCCAAACAUGCACAAUUUCUGCAGGCUAAAUGCCGAUUUGCACACAUAUGGUUCCCCUUCCCCACUUUUCUUAUAUGGAGAAAACCCUCUGUGCAAGGAAAAUGUGGAGAGCAUCCCCCAAAAGGUGGCAAGAUGGGGCAACAGAAUGGCAUUUGAAUAAAACCCUGAAAAAUCUGUUCUGCUGUCGAUCCUUUAAAUCUGAGCUAAGCACUCAGUCCUUGAAAAUGUACUGGCAUUGAAAUGCCAGCAAACCCGUCGCUCCUGAAUGGGUCUUUCUUCAACAGGUCUGUGAUGAUCCUCUCUUCAGCCUGCGUUUACAGGACAAUGGGCGUUUUAUUGGCUGUGGCUCCAAACUGGGUACGGUGACACUGCUGGAAUUUUCCUCUGGCCUGUGUACCUUGCAACGGAAUGAGAAGAACCUGGCCUCCGCAGUGAGUGUCUCUUGCUUCCUAGGGGGCAGGUUGGGGGGCGAGGCAAACAGACCUCCUUGCAGGAAUGUGUGCAUGGGUUUUGACCCUCUAGUUCAGGGGUGGGGGACCUCCAGCCCAGGUGCUGAGAAUGUGGCCUGUGGACCUCUACUUCUAGCCCUCAGACUUCUGCCAAGGCCAUGGUCCUGUUACACACCCUCCUCAAGUGUUUUGGCUUCCUCAACCUGGAUAGCUCAGUUGGUUAGAACAUGGUACUGAUAACGCCAAGGUUGCAGGUUCGAUUCCAAUAUGAGACAGCUGCAUAUUCCUACAUUGUACUAGAAGAUCCUCAGGGUCUCUUCAAACUCUAUGAUUCUAUGACUCGAAUGUGUCCUUGAAUUGUGUGAAUGCCUCUUGAUAGCCUGAUUAAUAUGGGUUAAUACCUUAGUUUAUUGUAAACUUUUUUAAAAAAAUAAACUUGUAGAAAACUGAUGGGAUCUGCCAUAUUUCUUUAAAAUGAGACAGGUCUGCAUCUCUCUAAUAGGAAGGUUAAUGAACUAUCACAGGACCCCAACACAGGGCUCAGAAACCCCAUACAGUGGUACCUCGAGUAACAGACGUUUCAGGUUACAGACUCCGCUAACCCUGAAAUAGUACCUCAGGUUAAUAACUUUGCCUCAGGAUGAGAACAGAAAUUGCGCAGCAGCGGGAGGCCCCAUUAGCUAAAGUGGUACCUCAGUUUAAGAACAGUUUCAGGUUAAGAACAGACCUCCAGAACGAAUUAAGUUCUUAACCCGAGGUACCACAGUAGUCCAAAGUUAGUGGCAUGACUGAUUUAGCCUCCGUGAGGUAGGCCACUUCAGUUCCACCUACGGGGCUCCCUUGAAUCCUUUUCAGCCUGUAAUCCUUCUGUGCACCUCAGAUGUUUGAGCGGGAGACGAAACGAGAGAAGAUUCUGGAGGCCCGCCACCGCGAAAUGCGUCUUAAGGAGAGGACCAAGACAGAGAGCAAGGAGGACAGGGGCAAAGAGGACGUGGAAGAGGAGAAGCCGGAGGAGAUCCUGGCACGGGUGCAGAAGGAGUUCUUUGACGUCAUCGAGGGAGAGCUCAAGCGCAGGGAGCGAGUGAAAGCCAAGCUCAAAACUGGCGACGACCAGGUAACAGGGCCGCUGAAAAGGAUGCAAAGGCUGACUCUGCAAGCACAGCAGAAAGUCAAGAGAGGUUGAUGAGUCUUAAAAUAGCUGCCAGGUAUCAUUUACGGAAAUGUAUGUAACCCUGGGGUUGUCUGGCGAUGAACGACAGGAUAGGAAUUACAUGCAGGAGGAGACAAAUAAAUUGUUGUUUAGUCAUUUAGUCAUGUUCGACUCUUCAUGACCCCAUGGACCAGAGCACGCCAGGCACUCCUGUCUUCCACUGCCUCUCGCAGUUUGGUCAAACUCAUGUUCGUAGCCUCAAGAACACUGUCCAGCCAUCUCGUCCUCUGUCGUCCCCUUCUCCUUGUGCUCUCCAUUUUCCCAGCAUCAGGGUCUUUUCCAGGGAGUCUUCUCUUUUCAUGAGGUGGCCAAAGUCUUGGAGCCUCAGCUUCAGGAUCUGUCCUUCCAGUGAGCACUCAGGGCUGAUUUCCUUAAGAAUGGAGAGGUUUGUUCUCCUUGCAGUCCACGGGACUCUCAAGAGUCUCCUCCAGCACCAUAAUUCAAAAGAUAAAUAAAUAAAGUAGAAGAAAUAGCCUCCAAGAAUGUGACAUCAUGGUACAGGGGCACUUAAUGCAUAGCAAGAGAAGGAAUGUUCCAGGAAGAUGUUUCAGAUGGCCACAUGUCUUAUAACAUCCUUCCAUAUUUCAGGAGCGGACAUUUGAUGAAGAAGAUGAUGAACCGAUCCUUCCUAAGGUCAGUAUUCCUGAUCCCACUCCCAAAUAUUAUUUAAUGCAUGGGUAAGCAAACUAAGGCCCGGGGGCCGGAUCUGGCCCAAUCGCCUUCUAAAACCGGCUCACAGACGGUCCAGGAAUCAGUGCGUUUUUACAUGAAUAGAACAUGUGCUUUUAUUUAAAAUGCAUCUCUGGGUUAUUUGUGGGGCAUAGGAUUUAGUUCAUUUUUUCCCCUUCAAAAUAUAGUAUGCCCCCCCACCAGGUCUGAGAGACAGUGGACCGACCCCCUGCUGAAAAAGUUUGCUGACCCCUGAUUUAAUGUGUGGGGCGUCCUUGAUCUGCAAGAUAUCCAAGAAACUCUGGACCCGUCCCAACCUCCUUAAAAUAGAAGAACACUCUUGUUAAUGGAGCUUGCCCCCUGACCCAAGCGAACUUGUCACACUAGCCAACAAUAAUGACCAUAAAACAGGAGCAUGGAUGGGAUUGGUUGAUCCGUAUGAGGUAUUUGCCACAGCUAUGAACAUAAGAAUACCCUGGCGGAUCAGGCUAGAACAGUGUUUCCCAAACUUUGGCCUCCAGCUGCAUUUGGACUACAACUCCCAUCAUCCUUAGCUGGAAAGAACAGGGGCCAGGGGUGAUGGGAAUUGCGGUCCAACAAACAGGUGGACAUCCAGGUUUGGGAAACACUGGGCUAGAAGAUUUAACAACAUUAGUAAAUGUGUUCCCACCACCACUGCCAACAUGGAGGCGAACAAUCGGUUGCCAUUCCUCAAUAAAUUCUCUAAUUUACAAGGCAUGGUUGCUCGGCAUUUUACCCAUAUACGACCAUGGAUCCCUCAGACUUUAUACCGAGACUGAAAAGAAGGUUCUAGGGUAUUUUAGGAACAUAGUUGUCAUCAUCAGAGCCAACUCCUAGGUUCCUUUGCUUUCCCCAAUCAAAUAUCUGAGAAGGCCUGCCAUCCUCCCAAGGUGAUGGACAUUGCCAUUCAAAUGGCAUACGUGUGCUGCAUCCUGUGCUCGAUUAUGUGAGGUGGGGCUUAUCUGCCCCCCCCCAAAAAAAAUAUUUGAUUUGGCUGGCUGCCAUAUACCUAGUCAGAUGAUUGGUCCAUCCAGUUCAGAACUGUCCACACUGACUGAUGGCAGCAGCAGCUCUCCUAGGAACAUAGGAAGAGCCUGUUAGAUCAGGCCAAUGUCCCAUCUAGUCCUGAAGGAGCGUCUCCACCCCCAUCGUUCAGCCCAGACACUGAGGUCCAGCUCUGAGGGCCUUCUGGCGGUUCCCUCACUGUGAGGAGUGAGAUUACAGGGAACCAGGCAGAGGGCUUUCUUGGUAGUGGCACCUGCCCUGUGGAACGCCCUCCCACCAGUUGUCAAGGAAAUAAACAGUUAUCUGACUUUUAGAAUAAUAAUAAUAAUAAUAAUAAUAAUAAUAAUAAUAAAUAAUAAAUUUUUAUUUAUACCUGGCCAGAGCCGGGCUCAGGGCGGCUAACACCAGUAAAAUUACAAUAAAAAAUAAAAUAAAUAAAAAACCAAUUUAAAAUACAGGUUAAAAUAUAAUUUAAAAUGCAGCCUCAUUUUAAUAGUAGCCCAUAGAUCAAAACCAUAAGGGGAGGGAAACAUAAGGAUCAGACUGAGUCCAAACCAAAGGCCAGGCGGAACAGCUCUGUCUUGCAGGGCCUGCGGAAAGAUGUCAAGUCCCGCAGGGCCCUAGUCUCUUGUGACAGAGCAUUCCACCAAGUCGGGGCCAGUACUGAAAAGGCCCUGGCCCUAGUUGAGACCAAUCUAACCACCUUGCGACUUGGGACCUCCAAAGUGUUGUCAUUUGUGGACCUUAAGGUCCUCCGCGGGGCAUACCAGGAGAGGCGGUCCCGUAGAUACAUGGGUCCUAGGCCGUAUAGGGCUUUAAAGGUCAAAACCAGCACCUUAAACCUGACCCUGUACUCCACCAGGAGCCAGUGCAGAAGACAUCUGAAGGCAGCCCUCUAUCAGGAAAUUUUUCAUGUCUAAUGUUUUAGAAUUUUUUUAUGUGCUGUAAGCCACUCAGAGUGGCUGGGGAAACUCAGCCAGAUGGGCAGGGUAUAAAUAAUAAAAUUAUGGUGAUUAUAGUCCAGCAUCCUGUUCUCACAGUGGCUUAACAGUUGCCUGCAGGGAAACCAGCAAGCAGGAUUCAAGCACGAGAGCACUCUCCUCUCCUGGGAUUUCCAGCAACUCUUUUCAGAAGCAUUUGUUGUUGUUUAGUCGUUUAGUCGUGUCUGACUCUUUGUGACCCCAUGGACCAGAGCACGCCAGGCACUCCUGUCUUCCACUGCCUCCCACAGUUUGGUCAAACUCAUGCUGGUAGCUUCGAAAACACUGUCCAACCAUCUCGUCCUCUGUUGUCCCCUUCUCCUUGUGCCCUCCAUCUUUCCCAACAUCAGGGUCUUUUCUAGGGAGCCUUCUCUUCUCAUGAGGUGGCCAAAGUAUUGGAGCCGCAGCUUCACGAUCUGUCCUUCCAGUGAGCACUCAGGGCUGAUUUCCUUCAGAAUGGAUAGGUUUGAUCAUCCAUGGGACUCUCAAGAGUCUCCUUCAGCACCAUAAUUCAAAAGCAUCAAUUCUUCAGCGAUCAGCCUUCUUUAUGGUCCAGCUCUCACUUCCAUACAUCACUACUGGGAAAACCAUAGCUUUAACUAUACGGACCUUUGUUGGCAAGUGGUAAAACAUAGCCGUCCUAGCUAGCUGCCUUUGAUAGCCCUCUCCAUGAAUUUGUGCAAUCCUAUCUGAAGUUGGGGGGCAAUCCCUGCCUCCUGCAAGAAUGAGUUCCUUACUCUUCUUAGCAUUAUUUCUGCCCCAGCCAAUUUGCACGGCUACAGGGACCACGUAACGCUUACGGCUGACCUGUGGCCUUCAGCAGAAUCGUAUGGCAGAGUUCCUCAGGGGCUGCGUUACCUCAGACUGCAGGUGGGGUUUCCAAACCUAUGUGUGUAGGAACUAGUACACCAGGGAAAACAUUUAAGUUGAAAACCCUUUCCCCUGAAUUUCUCGUUUUCUAUGUGCAGUGGGUUGGGUUUUCUGGUUGUUUAUUUACUGUGGGAUUUAAAAAAAUGCAGUUCCUCACCUGUCUGAAGUGGUUUCCAAUUCAUUAUGGUAACUUUUAAUCCAGAAGAGAUAAGGAUAUACCUCUCCCAGAGACUGAUUUUGAGGGGAGAUCACUUGUUAGUGCAAACUUGCAAAGACAUAUUCCUGGUUUUUGUUUUUUGCAGGAGGAGGAGGAAGAGGAGGAGGAGGAAGAGGAAGAGGAAGAAGAAGAGGAAGAGGAGGAAGAAGAAGAAGAAGAAGAAGAGUGAAUGGGGAACCCUGAAAUUCCUGCAUGGAAUUUAUAUGCCUUCCUGUUUGCUCUUUCUAUAAUUUUUUUUACACAACAGACUCUAUCAAUAAAUGUAGCAACAUUUUUUUGCACUUUUCUCCCGCUACUCUAUCCUAACCCGAACGAGUGUCCAGCUGAGUCCUGAGUGCCUUUGCCAUGGAAACUUGCAAUAACUCUCAGUGCCAGAGGGACAGAAAUAAAAUUUGAGGUCGCCGUGAUGAAUUGAUAGCAAUACAGGGCUGAAAACAAGAAAAGGAACUUCCACAUAGAGGACCCUUUAAUAUUCCGCACAGGAGAGAGAAAUCCAUAAAUGCCAACAAGGGGAAAUUAGUCCUUUUGCAGCGCCUCUGGCAUGGGGGAGGGAGCAAGAUGCUUUUGUUGCUGCCAUCUGAAGGUGUGGUACAGUACUGUGGCAGUUUAUAAUGUUGAGUGGCAUUAAUAAAGCACUUUAGGCAAGGCAACCAAGAGACAUAGGAGACAACAGAGUGAUUUCAGAUGGGGGCUUAAAUUGCAAAAAGGUCAUUGAGAUAUUAUAAGCAGGUCAUUAUUAGCCAUAUGGGGUUCCCUGCCCCAAUUUCUCCCAGAAACACAUCUAGAUUAAAUAGGGGGUAAAUAAAGACGGAUAUAUAUGUGGAGCCCUGAUCCCAUAAUAAAUACCUGUGUGGAAGCAUUCAGAGACAUCUAAUAAGGGCUCAUCCACACUUCUGCUUGUUCUGUACUUAGAAAGUACGGGUCUGAGUGGCUAUCUGCUUUUCCAAGUGGUUUUGCCUUUUGCCCUGCUGCUUUCUCCAGGAAAACCCACUCUUCGGCAAUAAAUCAGGGGAAACAUCAGUCUGGGGGAAAACCCAAUAGUGGGGUAGGAGAGCUGAAGAAAAUUUCACAUCUGGCAACCUAUGUGUGCCUUUGGUUUCAGAUAGUACAUGGGUAGACGACUCUUAAAAGCCUGGAACACACAUUUUCAUUGUGGCCCAAUAAAUGUAGUUGGACUCCAACUGCCAUCAUCCCCAGUGGUCAGGGAUGAUGGGAGCUGUAGUUCAACAAUACUUAGAGGGCCACAGGUCCUCCCCCCCCCCCCCCGCGCUCUGUAUUUUUCCUUUGGGGUGACUAGUUCUGCAGGUCAAAUUGUGAAUAAUAAUAAUAAUAAUAAUAAUAAUAAUAAUAAUAAUACUUUAUCUAGAAAUAUUGAACCCUUUGAGCCUUGGCACCUGAAUAUAUUUCCACAAAGGGUGGGUUUUCUUUCCAGUGUCACCCACUCACUUUUCCGAGAGAGAGGUGUAAAAUUUCCUCUUCACCAGCCCAGCACAGUUGCAAAGUAGCAUCCAUCUCCUCCUCCUCUCAAAGCCCUCCUUAAUGAGAUGUCAGAUCCUAGAAUUGGCCAUCGCUGCCCUAUAAUCACUUUCUGUGAUACAAUGGAAAGAUGGUAUCUGAUCUUUUUCCCCCCAAUGUUUUUUAUUGAUUUUCCCAAAAUAAAUUUAACAAACAAAUAAACAAACAAACAAACAUAAAUCUCAACCGUAUUUAAACCAAACUUAGUAACAUUGUUAAGUGACUUCCUCGUAUCCCCCUGGUUGAAUUUCAGUGGAUAUCAUUCUAACGGUUUUCCAAAACCAAUAUUCUAAUAAAAUUAACUUAAUCACUUAACAUCUUUCUUUCUUUCACAUUCCGCAUUAAACAUAUUAAUUCAUCACUUUACCUAUUUCAAUCCUAAGCCUAUCUGUUUUUUGCAAGCAUCUCCAAUUAAUUUAACUUAACAUGUUUAACUAAAUAGUCUUUAAAUUUCGUCAAUUCUUCCUGAUACUCCUCCUCCUUCUGGUCGUGGACUCUUCUGGUCAGAUCGGCCAGCUCCGAAAAAUCCAUCAUUUUCAUCUGCCAGUCUUCCACUGUUGGUACUUCUUGUGUUUUCCAAUUCUUAGCUAAUAAAAUUUGAGCAGCA